GGCUCAGAGCAGAGCGGGCUCAGGCCGGAGAGCAACAUGAUGAGGCUGUUUGUCUUGCUAGCUGUGCUUUACAGUGAAGCAAGCAGUAGCAUUGUGCUGCAGAAAAUGUAUGGGAGGAUCACAUCCCCCGACUUCCCAAAUGUCUACCCAAAUCACAAGGAGAAAAUCUGGAAUAUUACCGUCCCUAAGGGAUAUUCUGUUCGCAUCUACUUCACCCAUUUCAACCUGGAGCUGUCCUACCUGUGUGAAUACGACUAUGUGAAGCUGAGCUCUGGUGGGAGGACCUUGGCUACGCUGUGUGGAAAGGAUAGUACUGACACUGAGGAGGCUCCGGGCAACAAGACGUACAUCUCCGUUGACAACAACCUCAUGGUAGUGUUUCGGUCUGAUUACUCCAAUGAGAAACCAUUCACAGGCUUUGAGGCUUUUUACGCUGCCACAGAUAUCGAUGAGUGCAAACAGCUAUUUGAUGGUGAACCCCUCUGCAAUCAUCACUGUCACAACUACGUGGGGGGCUACUAUUGCAGCUGUCGGGUCGGCUACACACUGCAUGAAAACAAGAGGACGUGCACAGCAUGAGAUCAUUAAGCUUCUCCUCGCUUAGGCAGAGAUGGAGACAGAUGUGCUGGGAAGAGCUGGUUUGCCCUCCCUCCUGACCUGCCUGUUGCAGUCCGCCGAAGGGCUGCAGGCUUCUCUUGCUCUGUGACUUGUAUGUCUCGGUUCCCUGCCUUUCAGACCUGCCUCCUGCAGACAAUAAAGAGGCUGUUCCUUGUUGAAA